CAAUCUCAGACUUCCCCUUUGCUUCUCUCUUAUCCCUAGUGCUUUAAUCAUUCCAUUACUUCACUUUCUUUAUGCUUCUUCUUCUUCUCUCUCAAUUUCCCAAAUCUCAGAAAUCAUCAGAAACCACUACUUUUCGUUUUUGCAGUUGCUUGAGCGCUAAACGAACAGGGUUCAAGACUCAUAAACACUAAAGUCUGUUUAGUUGAUCGAAGAUGCUGAGAAAUUUCAUUUCAAGAAUCAUAAUAUUGCUUGUGGGUUACGCGUACCCAGCAUAUGGAUGCUACAAAUGCGUGGAAAAGAAAAAACCUGAGAUUCAAGAACUUCGAUACUGGUGCAAGUAUUGGAUAUUGGUGGGUAUUCUUACAGUUUUAGAAAGGAUAGGAGACAUCAUUGUAUCAUGGUUUCCACUAUACGGGGAGAUCAAAAUCGCUCUUCUUGUCUGUUUAUGGUACCCGAAAUCACAGGGGAUUAGCUAUGUCUACGAGAAGCUUCUAUGUCCCUACAUGUCAAGGCAUCAACUGAACAUUGAUCAAGUGAUCUUGACUUUAAAGAUUAGAGGACACUCUGUAAUCGUUCAACUAUUGCAAUUUGGAUACCAAUGGACUCUGCAAAUCUUUAGACACCUGCAGCAACAAUUCGACAAGAAAAACGACCGAUUAAAGUCCAAAGAAAGACACAACGCAGGAACCUCGUUCAUGUUUCUCCGUUAGCUGUAAUAGCAGAGGACUAGGAUUACAAUAACCGGUUCAUCACAAUUUGAAUUUGUAAAUCCAAACCGGACCAUACCGGAAUUGCACGAUGCCACCAGACACAUGGUUUUAUGUAAUAGAAGGAACUAUACAAUUCAAAAAAUCGAAAUCAAUCUCUUUACAUGAAUAUUUUUGAUUUAUUGUAUUAAAAAAAACAGUUGUGUUCAUCACCAGAAACUAUUUAACCAUCUGAGGAGGAGCACAGAC